AUGGCUUCAACGCCAUCAAAGAGCUCAAGGAGCUCGAAGGAGGCUUAUAGCGAGGUGACGAUAGGGCGGUACACGAGGAUGGAUCAUAUUGGAAAGGGUAGCUUUGCCACUGUAUACCGGGGAGUUCAUACGGUGAGUAGCAACGAAGUUGGUUCCCUUUCUUUGCAUGUUCAGUUGCGUUCAGAUGAUACAAGUACCCGUACUGACGUGUGUCUUGCAUUUCAGAAAUCACGGACGUUCGUGGCCAUCAAAUCAGUCAAUCUUGGAAAGCUCAACAAGAAGCUCAAAGACAACCUCGCCCUGGAAAUCGACAUUCUAAAGAACCUCCUCCACCCGCAUAUCGUGGCACUCCUCGACUGUCUGGAAACGCCGUCACAUAUCCACUUGGUGAUGGAAUAUUGUGCUCUGGGUGAUCUAUCGCAAUUCAUCAAGCGAAGGGAGAGUCUCAAAGACCACAGCUACACUCGGCAUAUGAUCUCGAAAUAUCCAAACGUCCCCGGGGGAGCUUUGAAUGAGGUCGUUGUCCGGCAUUUCCUGAAGCAGCUGGCGAGCUCCCUCAAGUUCCUUCGUGACAGGAACCUCAUUCACCGCGACAUUAAGCCCCAGAAUCUUCUGCUUUGCCCGGCACCGGCAUAUGCAGAAGCUGAAAACCAGACCCCUCCGCUCAAAGGCUGUGAUAAUUCAUUUACCCCUGCUGUGGGUUUAGAAACAUUGCCAUUGCUCAAACUAGCAGAUUUUGGGUUCGCCCGAUCCCUUCCCGCUACGUCACUUGCAGAGACAUUAUGUGGCUCCCCCUUAUAUAUGGCACCUGAGAUUUUACGAUACGAAAAGUACGAUGCGAAGGCUGAUUUGUGGUCUGUCGGUACUGUGCUAUACGAGAUGGUUGUCGGAAAGCCGCCUUUUAGGGCAACAAAUCACGUCGAGUUGCUCCGAAAGAUCGAGAAUGCCAAAGACAAAAUCAAGUUCCCCGAAGAAAACCCAGUUUCGGGGGAAAUCAAGUCGCUGGUCCGUGGCUUAUUGAAGUUCAACCCCGUGAUUCGGAUGACGUUCACAGACUUUUUUGGCAAUGAUGUUAUUACCGGCCCUAUCCCUGGCCUCGCAGCCGAGGAUCUCCCGGCUCCAGUCCCUGAACCAUCACCAGAGCUGGCUCCUGCAAGCAGUAGCCAGGACAGCAGAGCAAUUAACCAUCAUGGACUUGCAGAGCUUGAAUCCUCUCCCGAAACCACGCAGCCUCAAAACAUCAACGCUGGAAACGACAAAGAAGACCGCUAUCCGCCACCCCAUCGAUAUGUACCUCACAAUGAGAGACCACAAACACAUACGACCACCACACCCAUGCGAAGAAGCAGGAGUGGCGACAGACCUUCAUCGGCGAAGCCCAUACCCGUGGCUGCUGCCCCAUUACGACCUGAGGCAGUCUCUCAUGCAACCGCACCCGGGCGUCAGGAGCUCAUAGGUCGACCGUCAACAGGCCAACAGGCCCCCAGCACCCCGCCAGUGGCCAAGACGGUAGAAAAGAUAAAGGAGGAACGCGAACUGGCUGCACAGGAUGUCGCAUUUGAGAGAGACUACGUUGUCGUGGAGAAGCGCGCAGUCGAAGUUAAUGCUUUCGCAGAUCAAAUGGCAUACGACCCAAGGAUCCAGGGUAAACACACUGGUGCUCUCUCGCGAAGGCAAACAACACCGGCUCUUCCGACGACAACGCAAGCAUCGCCGCAAAACUCUCCAAGCAAAGCAGUUCAGGUAGUAGCUGGUCGAUCUCGAGCGGACUCGGCACACAACCGUCAUGCCUCUUACGAGCGGCGCUAUGGCCAGAGCCCUAAUUCCGCCCAGUCAGCUAUCUCCAAGGCUCUCAACAUGGCAAGUGGGCGUCUAUUCGGCAUGGGGUUCUCCCCGCCUCUGAACAUCACCAAAGGGGGCCGCUCGCCUCCUUUGGCCUACAACCCCUUCCCUGCUUACCCGGCGGCCCAGCACGCUGGCCUACUGACCAUGGGAGAUGGUGCGAGGCCCCAGGUGGGCCCGGACGAGGAUACAGGAACUGUCAAAGAACUUGAAGAGUGCGCCACUCGCAGCGAUGUCGUAUACGGAUUUGCCGAAGUGAAAUACAAGCAGCUUAUACCACUGGCCCCUUCUGCCCAAAGCUACGCUGGUUCCAAUGCGCCGGGCACCGACUUCGGGGAUAGCGAGCUCACUGCCGACGCCGCGGUGACUCUUUCGGAAGAAGCCUUGGUCCUUUACGUUAAAGCACUGUCCCUACUUGCCAAGUCAAUGGACAUUGCGGGCGCCUGGUGGAUGCGUAAGAAUCGAGCUGAAGCAUUGGGUGAAACCGUCUUCAGUCGAUUAGAUCCGGUGUCGAUACGAAUCAACAAGGUUGUGCAAUGGGUUCGCAGUCGAUUCAACGAGGUGCUUGAAAAGGCCGAAUUUGUUCGGUUAAAGCUGCUUGAAGCGCAGAGACGACUCCCGAUAGAUCAUCCUUCCCACCCCAACAAUCUCUCGCUCGAGUCAGCCGGUUCUGGCACCUCGGUGGAUGUCGUGGUUAGCCCUGGUGUCACAGCCGAGAAGUUGAUGUACGACCGUGCCUUGGAGUUGAGUCGAUCAGCGGCCAUCAACGAGCUCACGGGCGAAGACCUCCCCGGUUGCGAAAUUGCCUAUGUGACGGCCAUCAGGAUGCUAGAGGCUGUUUUGGAAACCGACGAGGUGCAGUCUUCAAGCCAGGGAAGGGUAGCUCUGGACGGCGUGCAGGAGGAAGAGCGUGAGGUCUUGUUGAAGCUGGUGUCGAAGAUACGCAUGCGAUUAGCAACCUUGCGACAGAAGCUGGCCGUCUUGGCCAAGCGACAAACUCCGCCGUCAAGCGGAAAAAUGAUUCCCUCGAAUUUAGCACACGCCACGCCUGCCACGGGGGUGGCUACUUCUCGAUGA